ACGGUGUGUGUAUAGAUCUAUAAGUAUAUGGUAUCAUGUGUUUAUAAUGAAUAUAAUAAAAUUGUGUAUGCUCACUGAGGGUCCUUAACUGGUGAAUAAAUAAAUAAAUGCAUCUCCUUUUAAAUGUUUUUAACAUUUACUUGUCUGUCCAUACUUUUGUAUCCACAAAUAAAUGUUUACAAUUGUACCCUGAAAUCCCUUGUAACACCCCAUCCCCUUCACUGUUUUUUUUUUGUUGUUGUUUUUUUUUGUUUAUGAAUUCUGUGCAAAAUGUGGAUUGAAAUGUCCCAAGUCAAAACCAAUCAACGCUGCAUACCAGCGGCUAAUCGCAGAGUGUCUUUCUGAAGUGUCUUUCUGAACCGCUUAACCAAUGACAAGUGUCGUAAGAUAUGAGAGCGCCGAUUUCGAUUUGCUUAUAAACUGUAGUGUUUCCGAUCGGGCACUUUAUUCUAUCCGAAUAAUUGGAGAAGAUGGCACGUACAAAGCAGACCGCAAGAAAAUCUACUGGAGGCAAAGCCCCACGAAAACAGUUGGCUACUAAGGCCGCCCGUAAGAGCGCCCCAGCCACCGGUGGCGUCAAGAAGCCCCACAGAUACAGGCCAGGAACUGUCGCUCUUCGUGAGAUCAGACGGUACCAGAAAAGCACUGAGCUUCUCAUCAGGAAACUCCCAUUCCAGCGUCUGGUCCGUGAAAUUGCACAGGACUUCAAGACCGAUCUGCGUUUCCAGAGCUCUGCCGUUAUGGCCCUUCAGGAAGCUAGCGAGGCCUACCUUGUAGGACUUUUUGAGGAUACCAACUUGUGCGCUAUCCACGCCAAGAGGGUGACCAUCAUGCCCAAGGAUAUCCAGCUUGCCAGACGUAUCCGUGGCGAGCGAGCUUAAUUUCACUUGACACUCAAACAAACGGCCGUUUUCACGGCCACCUAAUUCUUUCGAAAAGAUGCCUUCAUAUUGCUCUUGAUCAAGAAACUUGUCGUGAAUAAAGUAUGACUGAAUGACAUGCAUAACCCUACAUCCACAAACUACUUGACCCAAGUCUGGUAAA